AGGAACUCAUUCGACCGCCUAUGUUCGACAAGCUCAAACUCGAGUUCGUGCCGGCCGCCGGUAGCCGGCUCGUUAUCAAGCUCUCUCCUCCGCCGCCGCCGCAUGCCGACAAGCAGGCGUCGCUGGCGGGCAACACGACCUUCAACGCUGCCGGAGGCGAGGCCGCCGGCAUCCAGUCCAAGGGCGAGCCCGCUUCGCUCAAGGACGGCAUCCAGUCCAAGGGCGAGCUCGCUUCGCUCGACUCCUGCGCCGAGGCCUCGCGGCGCCUCACGUUCGUCGACGAUCUGCCACCUCUGUCGCCGCUCUCGUCCGUCAUCGACUCUGCCGGAGGCAAAGCCGACGGCAUCUCGCCCGAGAGCGAGCCCGCGUCGCUUAAUGACGUCGUCGUGAAGGAGGACGACGUCAAGACCGCGCCCAAGCCCGCAGUGAACACGGCCAAGCCCGACGGCGAUGUGGACGAGAUCUACUUGUCGUUGCCACCUUCGCACCUCGGGGCCGAGGCGUUCGGCAUCAAGUCCACCGCCGCCGAGGAGUUCGCCGCCAAGUCCGCCGCCGCCGAGGAGGACGCCGAGUCGGCCACCGAGGAGGCGACCGCCGAGGAGGCCGCCACCGAGAACGCGACCACCGAGGAGGCCGCCGCUAACGGCUCCGGACCGGCCUACGUGGUCGGCGUCGAGGCCGAAGUCCGCCGGCUGGGCGAGGGCGUCGUCUACCAGGCUACGCCCGCCGACGGCAAGAAGUCGCCGUCGCCGGGAGCCCCCACCUCCGGCGGCAUUGCGCCCGUGGCGCCCAAGCCCCUUGGCGCGGGCGCGGACGCGGGGCAGGCCGACGCCGCAUCACGCGAGUACUAUCUCGCCGUGUGCGACAAGGCGAUGGCCGCGAUCUUGCUCACCAAGAUACAGCGGGCGAAGCUGGACGCCGAGCGGUCGGGGUGCGGGUGCAAGUGCCGGCGCAAGGCCAUGCGCUGCCGCAACAACCCCAAGUUUGGCAAGGCAAAGGGCAGGCGCAAGUCUGGCAAGGCAAAGGGCAGGCGCAAGUCUGGCAAGGCAAAGGGCCGCGGCCGCGGCUCGCACCGGCGACCGAAGACCACCCCGACGGCGGUGGCCUCGGCCUUCUCGUCUGCCGUCGCCUCGGCAGCCUCCGUCGCCUCGGCGGCGUCCUCUACCAUCUCAUCCGGCGUCGCCUCGGCGGCGUCCUGGGCGUUCUCGCCCGCCGUCGCCUCGACGGCGUCCUCGCUCGUGAGCUGCUCGCCGCUUCUCAUGCCCGCCCUCGUGCUCAUCCUCCUCGCCAUCGCUUGCGUCGCCUCCUGGCCGACCGCGGCGAGCGGAAAGGGGGCAACCUGCCUCGCCGCCGCCACGGCGUGCCUCACCGGCGCGGCGGCGGCGCCUGUCGGUUUCUUCGCGAGCGUUCUGCACGUCCCGGGAGCGGUCGCGCUGCCUGAAGACCUUUUGGCGGCCUCGGCCUUCUCGUCUGCCGUCGCCUCGACCGUCUCGCUCGUGAGCAGCUGGUCGCUUCUCGUACCAGCCCUCGUGUUUCUCGUCGCCAUCGCCUGUGGCGCCGGGUUGCUCGCGGCGAGCGGCAAAGUGCCGCGGGCUCGCGACGCGGCUACUUCGUCCGCCGCCUUCCGCCUCGCCGCCGUCAUGGCGUGCCUCCCCUGCGUGGCGGCGGCGCCCACUGGCCUCUCCUCGUCGAGCGCCCUCUCGUGGCUCGAGUUUGUGCUGCCGUCAGACGUCGUAUUGCGCGUAUCGGCGCCCCUCACGGAGUACGGGACGGAGAACCGGGCCCAGCUGGCCCAACAGGACCGCAUGGCCCGUCGGGACCAGCAGAACUGGAUCGAGACCGACGUGGACUGCGGAGGUGGCUGUAAGCCCUGCCAGGACUUUAUGCGUUGUGCAGUGAACACCGACUGCGCGUCCCUCUACUGCAAGUUUUGGACCGUCUGGAGCGGCGGCGCGCCAGGCAUUUGCCAAGCCAACAAAAGUGAGAGCCCGACCAGGCCACCAUGGGACUAUGACAACAAGGGCUCAUUAGUUGCCACCCUCCCGCCAGAUUACCACUUCGAGCAGCACCACUCCAACUGCGCCAACAUGCAUGGCCGCUGGCUAUGGUGGAACGGCGACACGAGCCUGCCGGACUCGUACUGGCUCGGCUGCCACCUGCUCGGGGCACGGUUGGCACGCACGCUUGCAAACAACGUAUUUCCCGCUGACGUUUCGUCUCAGAUGACUGCCGCCGCCGGCACCGUUAUCGAUCCGGAGAAAGAUGCGCAAAUGGUCAGGGACGGGUGCUACACGCUGCACAGGUAUCCACGAGGAACGACCGUUUCUACAACGCAGAGCUGGGCGUCGUCGUCCGAAUACUCGUCAGCCGUGAGCCAGUCGUCCGGUAUCUCCGCCGGUGUGGAGGGCACGUAUCAGAAGGUGAGUGCGUCGGCUGGCACAGACAACUCGUACGGCUCGUCCUCGUCGUCCAAGCGGGAGACCAACAAUGUCGGCGCGGUGAUAAGCCGGAUUAUUAAGAUUGCGGUGCUGGAGAACACCUGCCUGCAGUCGGGUCCGGACGCUGCCGAGAGCUACAUCCAUGACCAUUUCCGGAACUUGGUCACAGACGUUGUCACCGCUUACCGGGACCAAUCAGACUGCAACACCGAACAGAAGUGCACCAAUACCAAACAGGCGUGGGGUGACAACGUCACGCUUCGAGCACAAGUAGGCCGAUUGGUUGGCUUCGGCGCGAUGCUGCCGGUCACGUGGGACUAUUCGUACUUUGCUAUGUACAGCAUGAGGGCCUCAUUCACGUCCGACUCUGAUAUGACGACCGCGGAAGCGAGCACAGCCAUUAGAGCCUCCAUCAGCAUUCCCUUGGUCUUCAGUGCAAGUUCGAACUACAAGAAGGAAUCGAAGUCAGCGUUUGCAGGAAGUCGACAAGACCGGACGUUGCAGAUCGCGGAGCAGAGAAUGGGCCCUGACGCCUGGACAAAGUGCGAGAUUGGCAACUUUCGCGAAUGGGGAGGCCAAACGCCGAUGGUGGGCCGGCCGGGCGUGGUCGACGUCUUGUCCCUCUUGGACUUCAGCGGUCUUGAUAGCGGCGUGCGCAAAGCUGGAAUGUUCUCCAAGGCGAUACUCAAGAACAUGGUCUAUCAGUACUACUCGGACCGCGGCGGUUGGUUCGCUCCUCUCAAGCUUACGGAGAAGACGAAGGACAGGACAAGGAUGAACGAAAUCUCGGGCAAGCUCGACGACGCAUUGUCUCCCAGCUCUGACUUCGAAACGUUACGGUACGAAACGUACCGGUCCAACGGCCAUUCAAUUCAGUUCCUUGCGUGCGACAAUCCCAUGAACCUGACUCAGGUUGCUUCCGAAGGAAUGGCCGGUACGGAGAUGAGCAUCGAGGCAACCACCCUAGUUCGGUGCGAGUUUGCGGUUUGA